GUCCCACGUCCCAAGACUGUCCCGAUUUGUUCGUGCCCUUUCCCAAUUCAAUCUUUCUCGAAGGAGACGCAUCCCUGUUGGAGGGCCAUUUCUACCUGACGGGGGGCCAUUCUUUACUCUCUCUUCCGCUCCACCAAAGAAAGAAAAGAAGAACCGGCGCUGGAGGGAGAUGCGAAAACAACGACCAAGAUGAUUGUGUCCGAAAACCUGCGUACGGCGUCGCUGUACAUUAACAACCAGCUACUGUCUAGAGGCCUGCUGCGCGAUGGCCAGAACAUCGACUUUACCAACCCGGGGGAGAGCGAGGAGGAGAUGGGCGAGACCAUGAGCCGGAUCAUGUCGGUGGUGAAUGACUUGAUUUUGCGCCGUGAUCGCGAUGCAGAGCACCGUGAAUCUCUCUCCGCUACUCUCCGCACGCUGCGCGCCGAGUCCCUCCGACAAGCCAACGACAUCCAGCGCCUGCAAGAAAAGAACGCAGAGGCCCAGCGCAAAGCUGGCCUGAGCGACGCUGCCGAAACUGCUGUGAGAGCGCACAUCAAGACGGCCGAGGCGACGAUUCACCGCCUCAAAGAAGAGGCUGCGAGGACGAAGUUGCUGGCUGCCCAAACACGAUCUGCCUGCGCCACAGAGGUCCGCAAGAGGGACCGCCAGAUUGAGGGGCUGAAAAAGGCGGUAACAGAAGCGGCUAGAGCGAGAGGCGCUAGCAAGAGCCCAGGUGUCACCUCCAUCACGGUGGUUGGCGAUAUCGGCGCCGAUGAACAGGGCAACCUAUUGCCUCCCACGCCCACGACGACGGCCAGUAGCAGUGAUGGGUAUGAUCUCCGUCAGGAAACAAACUCGUUCCUCGCUGAAUUGGCCAAGGGGCUGAGCGAAGAGAAUGAGGGGCUUCUGACUCUAAUCAGGAGGACGACGGAACAGUUGAAGGACAUGAGCGGCUGGGACGGUGGAAUGGUGGACAGUGACGGGUAUGCUCUGUCGUUGCCCACCAGUUACGAUGACAUGGCCGCUGAGAUUGAGGCUGUCCUUGAACAUCUGAGGACGAUCCUUACCAACCCAUCAUUUGUGCCGAUUGAGGAAGUGGUGGUGAGAGAAGAUGAGAUCAACAGGCUGCGCGACGGGUGGGAGAAGAUGGAGACGCGAUGGAAAGAGGCGGUCCAUCUCAUUGAUGGCUGGCGGAGGAGAAUGCAGGCCAGUGGGCGGCCUGUUAAUGUGGAGGAGCUCAAGAUGGGCCUGCGCCUUAGUCCGGUCAAGGUUCAAAACGUGGAAGAGACGGCUCAAGGUGGGCUAGGACUGCAAUUGGAAUCUGUCCAUGAGGGCCAUGAGAGUUAUCAUCAUGAUCAAGUUGACUACCAGGACGAGGACGAGGGUCCUUUGGAGUUGGUGCCUGAGGGUGGCAUGGAGGAACAGGACGACAGCGAUACUUCGAGUGUCUUUGAAGACCAGCAGAUUGAUAUGGACGAGUUGGAUGUCGAGGAGCCUAACGUUGAGAUCCUUCAGCAGUCGGUCGUGAUGCCCUCGCCUCCCGUCGCUCUGGCCCCCCAGCCCAGCCCGUUGCGCGAACAUUUUUCGGCCGGAAACAAGGGUGGAAGAGACGGCCCCAAUUUGAGGAGACGUCCAAAGUUUGUCGAAGAAGGCGUCCGGAGCCGACCCCUUUCUGAAGAAUCGCCGUUACCACCUCCCCAUGCCGACAGACCCCAGCAAUCACCAUCCAAGAAGCCGCUAUUAUCAGUACGGACCGUGCCUUCUGAGGAAACUGGCACGGCUGCGCAACCGCCUUCCGCGGCCGUCUCUACACCUGAUACAUCUAUCUCUCUGGACAGCGUCUCGUUGCCCAAGGCCGCCGCGGCGGAACCGAAGAGUGCAGUCACGAAAAAGUCAGCGCCAACGCCCCCACCGCAUGCGACAAGACCAAUCAAGAAGCCAUCCCCUGCCCCGAGACCAGUAAGGGAAACACGAAAACCUCCAUCUCGGCAACAAGAGCGGGAGGAGAAGAAAACUAGUACUACCAGCACCACCACUACCCGGCAGCAGCAACAGGAAAGCGAAGCCAGGCAGAAAAAGGUCACUUCCCGGCCCCCCGUAACACGUCCUACCAGACCACCCAUCACCCGUGGACGCUCAGAGACCCGCAAAGGGGACAGCGAUACCUCCAAGCCCUCCAAGCCAACCCCCCGCAACACCUCCGCUACCUCGACCACCUCUACCCGAUCCGCGCCAGUCUCAUCGAGCUCCAAGACCUCUAUCCCGCCCAACCCAGAACCAGCGCCCGGGAAAUCCCCUCGCCGCGUGAACUCUCGCCUUCCCCUCCCACGUAACGCUGGCAGCAGCGGAAGUAAUAAUUCUGCCUGCGCAGCUGGUACCGCCACUAAUAACGCCCCGGUAUUGCAACACCCUCAGUCUCCAACACAAGCCCAGCAAUCCCCUCUUUCCAUGGCGACCAUUCAAGCCAAGCUUGCCGCUUCGGAACGCGAUGCUGAUGCGGCCCGCGUGAGAGCCAAACUCAAGGCAGCAAGGAAGGGCAUCCACCUCCCAGGUCCCGGUUCAGGUCGGGUUACAGCAGAGAAUAGCAUGCCCAACACACCUACCGAAACAAUGUCGACCAAGAGUAUGAGAUCGGAGCAGAGCGACUACAUUCAGUAUCAGCCUGAGCAGUACGACGAUGGUGAGGAUGAGCUCAGCUCAUCGGCUGUCCAGCCUCAUCAGGUUAUCCAUGCAGAGAAGCCACGCAAACGGGAGAGGAAUUAUGGAGAAGCUGUGACGGCACGGAAGACAAGCGACAAGGUGGCAAGCCGGAGAAGGAGUACUUUGAAUCCAUGGGAGCUGGAGACGUUGAUAAAGGGUGGAAAUGCCGAGUAGUUAGGACGGGUAGUGAAAGAAAUUGGAUAUGAAUUGGAAAGGCAGGAACAGGGAGGCAAUCGUUGUUGGGAGUUGAAGGAGCUGCGGAGUUGGAAAGUGUUGGACUGUUGGAAUUUUGGAGUUCAGUUCAUCCCCUUUCAUCCUGGAAGGCAUGUUCAUGACGGGUUUUUUUCGUUUUCAUAUCUUUUCAUAUCAUUACAUCGCAUUCCCUUCACAUCAUCAACCUCCUACCACCAAUCCCCCCCAGGUCCAUCGUUUAUAUAAGGUAUAUACACCCUCCCGCAUCACGUACAAACACUGCCAUCACUUUUUUUCAUCAUGCAUUGGGAGAGUUUCUGGAAAUUCGGUUACACAUCACAUCAUACAUCACACACACGUGUCCCCAAACUUAUCUACCUUGUCUUAAUCAGCGCUCGCUUUCCCCGUCUUGACUGUUCAGUUGGGUUUCUAUUCAUGUUUCGUGGCAGGCUUUUCGUCCUGAAAUGUGUGUUGUUGCAUGGUUGGAUCUGGUGUUCAUCUCAUGUCUUUGUUAUUGCUGCAUUUUGUAUUUGCAUCCUCUCACUUUGCAAGCAUGCUUGCCCCAUAAUCAUUGUCAAAGGAAAGGAGUAUCUGGAAUUUUGGAGAGCCUUGUGCGAGUUUGGAAAGUGCUAGAUAGUGCUAUACCCCCCCUACCCCCCCCUCUUUAAUAAAAGAAUAUCCAUAGUUUUCAAUCUUGACUCUUGUUUUGUAUGU